AUGACAAGACAAGAAGAUAUUAAACAUUUAUUAACAAUUCAAUCUGUUAGAGAGCGUACUUCCCCAAUAUUAAAACUUGCUCUUGAUAACAACCUUGAUUAUUUUGAAGUUGAUCUCGAGAAAGUUCCAAAUGUUGUCAAGUAUGUUAUUGAAAGAAUUACAAGAGAUUUCAAAGAUUUAAGUAGAAUUCCACCUCAUGGUCGUUGGGGUCAUUUAAAUGCUGGUGGUCAUGAUCGUGUUGAACAAUUGAUUUCUAAAUGGAGAGCAUUGCUAUUGGAUGAUAUCGAAAUUGGUAAAAGAUUAAUUGAUCUCUUUGUUUUCAGUGUCUUAGUUGAUGCAGGUGCUGGUAAUGAGUGGAGUUAUAAAGAAUCUGAUACUCAUGAAACUUAUAAUAGAAGUGAAGGUUUAGCAGUUGCUUCAGUUGAUUUAUUCAAAAAUGGUAAAUUGAGCAACAAUAAGGAAGAUCAAAUUGUUCAUGGUGAAGCUUUACUAAAUUUUACCAAUGAAGAUUUAAUAGAUGCAUUCCAAAUCACUGAUUCAAAUCCAUUGAGUGGUCAAGAUGGUAGAUUACAAUUAAUUCAAAAUCUUGGGAAAGCAUUGGUUAAAAACAAAACAAUAUUUGGUAAAGAUUCAAGACCAGGUAAUAUGAUUGAUUAUCUUAAAACUAAAACCAUUGGUGAUAGUAACAAGCUGGACUUAACACAAUUAUGGAAUACAUUAAUGGAAGGUUUCACACCAAUUUGGCCAAAAGGACGAGUUGAAAUUGAUGGUAUCUCCUUAGGUGAUUCAUGGUCAUUAUCAACUAUAUCAAAAUUAGACGGUGUUAAAGAUGAAUUGGAUACUAUAGUACCAUUCCAUAAAUUGACACAAUGGUUAUCAUAUUCAUUAAUUGUUCCAUUAGAAAGAUAUGGGUAUCAGUUCCAAAUUUUAAAUCAAGAACUACAAACUGGAUUACCAGAAUAUAGAAAUGGUGGAUUAUUCUAUGAUUUUGGUGUGAUCACAUUAAAACAUGAACAUUUGGCUCGUGGAUUACAUCUAUCGUCACAAAUCAAAUCUAAAACUCCAAAGAUCCCAAGUUUCACACCAGAUGAUGGGGUUAUUGUGGAAUGGAGAGCUAUAACAAUUGGAUUUUUGGAUUAUAUUUUACCUCUGGUCAACAAGGAAUUAAAUUAUGAUUUAAAACUCCCUCAAUUGAUUGAAGCUGGUAGUUGGAAAUCAGGUCGUGAGAUUGCUGCUGAAUUAAGACCAGAAACUAAAGGUCCACCAAUUGAUUUGUAUAGUGAUGGUACAGUAUUCUGA